CUCCCUCUUCACUCAACAUCCAGGGCCAUCUCUUCGACCGCGUAGGCCGUGACAUCAAGGAUCGUCACACACGACUCAGACGCUCAGAUACCGGCUGCUGUUUCUUAUCAGGGUGCCAAGCGCAGCUUGUUCAACCUGUCAAAAAGCUCGGCAUACGCCCAUCUUCUGGGGGCAGGACUUCCCUCGGUUCCCCGUUCAGCAAUUCAGCAUCCAUCUGCUCCUAUUCCACGAGACAUACGCCACUCCCAGGGAAUUACAAUGCCUCGAGCCACGUUGCUCCCGACGCCGGCGUCGUCGACCGAUAUCAAGGGCCAGGAUGGCUCCAAAAUGGCGUCGCUACAGUUGGCGUUCGAGCUGCCACCGCCGGCGGUGACGAACGAGGGUAGCCCGAGUUUACCGGCAAGCGUAUACCCUCCACAAGCCAGCGAAACAGUGAAGUCUCGCCGGCGUUCAUCCGCUGCCAACCCGCCAAAGGACCAAUUCGCCCUUCCACCCCCUCCCACGCGGUCCCGGAAGAUCAUCCAGAUGAAGCCUCGCGAGGAUCCUAGCCCCGAGACUCCAUCGUCGAGUUCAAAGACGGCCUCCAAGAGCGGCUCAGGGGCAGGCUCGGCGACAGCAGCAGCAGCAGCAGGCACAAAGAGGAAACAGCCGUCGGCGACAAGCGCGGCUGGGAGGAAGAUCGCAAGGAAAACAGCCCACAGCCUGAUUGAGCGGCGGCGGAGAUCCAAGAUGAACGAGGAGUUUGCUGUUCUCAAGAGCCUGAUCCCGGCGUGUACCGGAGAGAUGCACAAGUUGGCUAUCCUGCAGGCCUCGAUUGAAUACGUGAGAUAUCUGGAGGACUGCAUCACCCAACUCAAGGCCCAGUGCGCAUCGGAAGUGAGAACGGAUCCAGAACCCCGGACGGCUCAGUCUGGCUUGCCAUCACCAGCUCUUGGAGAGCCGUACAAUUACAGCCGCAAUUUCACCUCGACGGCCAACUCGCAUUCACCCGACAUGGAGAUGACGAGCCCGUCAUCCAGCGCGCCUUCUCCAGGCUUGACUCCCAUCGCCCGCCGAUCCCAACAGCCAUCAGUCUCCCCGGCGCUAGUGCCUGAGGACUCGAGGAAUCGGCACAACUCAUACUCAUCAGUCUCGUCCGAAUACCGUCUUCAUGGCUACAGCACUUCGGCGACCACGUCGCCCUGCUUUGGUCCGCAGGGGUACGCUGAAGCGCAUCGCACACAUUCAGCCUACGGCUCGGCAUUGACAAGCCCGGCUCUGCCACCUCAGAGAGACCUUGACCAGGAGGCCACCGCCGCCCUGCUGAUGCUGAACCAGAUGGACAGACGUACCAGUAGUAGUGCGACAGCACCACGCGGGAUGAGCGUGAGAGACCUGCUCAGCAGCUAAUGGAACUGGGGUGUACGCCGGUCGAUGGCUCUGAACUUCUCUGGACUUCGGCUUCGGAGUGAACGGUUGGUGCUUUCUGGAAGCGAGUCCUCGGUGAUGUGGCCAGGUUCUCUGGAGGAGAUGGGUAAAAUGAAAAGCACCGAACCGAUGGUGCGCGGGACUCGCGGCCGAGAUCGAGGUACCGAAGUAGAUCCAAGAGUCGGGGCAGACGUCGAGCUUAUGGACCGUUGUAUCCCAGUGUAUGGUCUAUGGGUCGGUAUUCAGCUCGGAACCUGAGGCAGUGGGUAUUUCGAGAUGGUCCGAUCACUC